UGCACUAAUUAUCCUUCGCUUGCCAAGACUGCUUGGUUGCUCACUUGACACUCGACAGCCUUCUUGCUUCCCAUCCCCAGAUUGUUCAAAAGAAGAUCACGACAGCGGCGGCACUCUCGCGACAAAGUUUGCUCACGAGCCCGAGACUGAAACUGCGACACAUGGCCGCGAGAGCUUGCUCCCCCCGAAUAAACUUAUAGGUCCUGCUUCUCUCCAUCCACCAUCAAUCCAUCCGCGAUCCCUUUUCGUUCUGAGGUACAGUAAAGCGACAGAUCAUCACUAAGGUCAUUGCACUUCGCACUAGCCAGCCCAUUUUUCCCGCCCAACCUUCCUCACCCCUUACCUCUUCUUUACCACCUCGACAGGAAGCAAUUAUUAUGGUCAACCUCCUCCUCCUCCUCAUCUUAUCAUUCCCCAUCGGUACAAUUAUGGCCUUGACGAUCCUGGGCCGCUUCUUCAAGACCGGACGAUUCUACGCACGCAUCUUGUCCUGCUAUUUCCUCCUUGUUACAUGCGCGGCAUACGGGGUCCUGGCGUCGGUAGCCCUCCGGCUAGUCGGAAAAGUCAGCAUAGCACAAUGGACCACUGCACGAGCGUUCAAGAGUUUAGCCUGUCCGGUCAUCGGGCUUGAGUUCAAGGUGGAGAAUGAGAGUGCAUUAGAUACCCGACCGGCGGUGUUCGUCAGCAACCACCAGAGCGAGUUGGAUAUUGUUUUCUUAGGGAGGGUGUUUCCAAAACAUUGCUCGGUUACGGCGAAACGGAGUUUGAAGUAUAUUCCGUUUUUGGGCUGGUUCAGUUUGUGCCCUUCUGUUUUUACCUCCUUUUCCGACCGGUGAAGAUGGCUGAGGUGGAGUUUCGACUAUGAGGUUUGGGAAAGUGCUAACUAACAUCGUGUACUCCUUAGUGGCAUUGAGUGGAACGGUAUUCAUUGAUAGGACGAAUCGGAAAUCAGCCAUCGCGGCGUUUGAUAGUGCGAUCCAGGAGAUCAAGGGCAACAGGCAGUCUGUUUGGAUUUUCCCGGUAUGCUGUCACACCUUUGCCGCCGCCCACUAGUCCCUACAUCACCAAGGGACUUGUUGUCUAACAACGUGUGAUUUCAGGAAGGCACUCGAUCAUACUUUUCCAAGCCGGAACUCUUACCAUUCAAGAAGGGUGCUUUCCAUCUGGCUAUUCAAGCGGGUGUUCCUAUCGUACCGGUUGUCGUCGCGAAUUACUCGCAUAUCUUGCACCUCCGGGAGAGAACCUUUGAGCCUGGUGUUAUCAAUGUUAAGGUGGGUCUAAAAUUAUUCGAGUAGGCAAGCAAGUGGGAAUGAAGGUACUGAUUAGAGUAGGUUUUGGAUCCAAUUGAUACCAAGGGCCUGACAACGGGUGAUGUGGACGCACUGGUCCUGAGUACGAGGGAGAAUAUGCUGAAGGAACUGAAGCUCAUCUCGGCCACUAGCGUGAAGGCAGAGAAGUCGCAAUAGAGCUUCAGACUCAUUCAAGCACAGCGUUCUUGGGAACCCCAGAUAACGAGAGUCCCACUCCCGAAAUAGGAAAAAAAAAAAAAUCGUGUACAAUGGCGCAAGCAAUAGUAUAGCAUGGAGUUUCUUUUCUCUUUUCCCCUUUCUUCCUCCAUCCUUCUCCUUACCCCCCCAAUUUCUCCCAACUUAGCAGUGGCCACCUUCGGGUAGACGUUCAACUAGACGUUUCAGGUUUCAUCGAUAUAAAGUCAUGUAUCCAUCCCACCCCAUUCCAUCACCCCGCCCCUCCCUCCCUUAUAUAUACCAUACCUUCUCACUACGAGAAGGGUUUCAAUUUUUCAGUCCCCCAAUUUUGUACAAAUUGUAUGGUUUCCACUAGUGGCAGCAGUAUCAUGAGAGCAGCAGCGGGGAGGCGUUAUCAUCAUUUUUCCGGUUA